GUGCCGUUUAUUGUUUAAUGUUUAAUGUUUAUACUUUAUUCAGAUUUCAGUUUAUUGAGUAAUAUUGACGCUAAACUUUAGUGUUUUAGUCUUUAUUUUUAUUUAAGGUAUACAAAAACUAAAAACUAAAAUGUAUAAAGUUCCUCAAAAAGUACAGAAGGUAAUGGUACAGCCCAUUAACCUUAUCUUUCGGCACUUGCAAAAUCGUGCUAAAGUUCAAGUAUGGCUUCAGGAGAAAAUUCAUUUAAGGAUUGAAGGACAUAUUGUGGGUUUUGAUGAAUAUAUGAAUCUGGUCUUGGACGAAGCUUGUGAAGUUAACACUAAAGUUGACUCACGGAAACCUGUUGGCCGUAUAUUGUUGAAAGGAGAAAACAUUACAUUAAUACAAAAUAUGACUCCAUCCAUAGGAUAAAAACAAGAACUGUCUGAAUAAUAAUAAUAUACUUCAAUAUAUCCUUUGUAAUAUAAAUUCAUAAUAAAAUAUCUUAAUACUCACAACUCAAACUAUGUAUCACCUCAUUAACCUGCAGUAAUAUUGAUUUAAUGUUCAAGAAAUCAGAAUAACUAUUUUUUAACGGAUAUUGAUAAUUUCUACUUUAUGUGAUAUAAAUAAAUAAAUCAUUGUAUGUCUUA